AUGUGUAUCUUAAGAUUUUUUACUCACGAAGCUUUUAGUGUAAAUAAAACGAAAGAUAUUCUUUCUAAGCUAAAACAAGUAGAUUCCGAUGUGGAAGAGUUGUCUACAGAAAUUUGCUACCAUGUGGAACUUGCGGAAGGUUGUAAUUACCUCAACAUAAACCAAAUCAAAAUAUUACAGUGGCUUUUGAAUUCACCUCUUCAACCCAAUGCUCUUAAAAAUGAAUCUUCUUAUAAAUUUGUAAAUGACAACCAAACUGUUAUUGAAAUUGGACCUAGGUUUAACUUUUCUACAGCUGAUUCAAGUAAUUCAGUUCAGAUCUGUCAAAGUGUUGGGCUACAUGAUGUUGUGCGUCUUGAAGUAUCCACAAGAUAUCUCAUAUCCUUUAAACAAUCGAAAAAUGUCAGCAAAAAAUUGUUUGAGGAUUUGGCUGCUCCGCUACAUGAUAGGAUGACCCAAUGCAUUUAUACAACAGAAAAUCUGCCUAGGCAGAGUUUUAAUGAAGGUCUACCAAAAGACUUAGAGCCCUGGUUUGUGGUACCACUGCAAGCAGAAGGAAUGUCUGCAAUGGAGAAAGUUAAUAAAAAAUUAGGUUUGGCUUUUGAUUCUUGGGAUAUGGAGUUUUAUAUGGAUUUAUUUGUAAAUAAACUAAAGAGAGACCCCACAAGUGUUGAAUUAUUUGAUCUAGCUCAGAGUAAUAGUGAACAUUCAAGACAUUGGUUUUUUAAGGGCAAAAUUAUUUUAGAUGGUAAAGAAAUAAGUGAGUCCUUGAUAGAUAUGGUUGCUUCAACACAAAAAACUUCUAAUGAUAACAAUGUUAUUAAGUUUGGUGAUAACAGCAGUGCAAUAAAAGGUUUUAAACACACAAAAAUAAAGCCAAGCAACAUAAAGGCUCCAUCUCAGGUUAUCGAAGAAAUCACAGAAUCUGACAUAAUAUUUACUGCUGAAACCCAUAACAUGCCAACUGCAGUAGCUCCAUUUAGUGGUGCAACCACAGGAACUGGGGGUCGUAUAAGAGAUGUACAGGGUGUUGGUCGAGGAGGGCAUACUGUAGCGGGAACUGCUGGGUAUAGUGUUGGCAAUUUGCAUAUUCCAGGUUAUGAUUUGCCCUGGGAAGACAAAGAUUGGAAAUAUCCGAAUAAUUUUGCUAGUCCUCUUCAAAUUAUUAUUGAUGCUAGUAAUGGUGCUUCAGACUAUGGCAAUAAGUUUGGAGAACCAGUUGUAUCAGGUUUUGUACAAUCAUAUGGACUGAAGAAUGCUGAUAAUGUAAGAGAGGAGUUUGUUAAACCAAUCAUGUUCAGUGGUGGAAUUGGAUACAUGCCCCAUAGUAUGAUUAAAAAGAAUAAGCCCAGUAAAGGCAUGCUGCUAGUGAAAGUGGGUGGUCCAGUGUACCGUAUCGGUGUGGGCGGUGGCGCUGCGUCCUCAGUUGCAGUCCAAGGAGAUGAUUCUCGGGAUAAUGCCCUUGACUUUGGAGCUGUUCAAAGAGGUGACGCUGAAAUGGGUAACCGUCUUAACAGAGUCGUUAGAGCAUGCUUAGAAUCAGAUGUCAAUCCGAUAGAAUCAAUCCACGACCAAGGAGCCGGUGGUAACGGAAACGUUCUCAAAGAGCUGGUAGAACCAGAAGGAGCAGUAGUCUUCACUGAGGAGUUCCAACUGGGUGAUCCGACCAUCACAACAUUAGAGCUGUGGGGUGCGGAAUAUCAAGAGAAUGAUGCCUUGUUAUGUUCUAAACAGAAUAGAAAUGUUUUAGAAGAUAUUUGCCGCCGUGAAAGAUGCCCAGUGUCGUUUGUGGGUGAAGUGACAGGAGAUGGGUUUAUGAGUCUUAUUGAAGAUAGCUAUAACGAGACUUACUUGAACCGGGCGGUUAGAACAAAAACAGAAAUUAAGUCGAAAUUACCCUAUGAUUUGCAUUUGGAAGCUGUUCUUGGUAACAUGCCACGGAAAACUUUUGAUUUUAAACAAGACAAGAGAACUAAAGUGCCAGUACAGCUACCCAAUGAUGUGACCGUUGAAAUGGCAUUAAAUCGAGUGUUGAGGCUCGUUAAUGUUGCCAGCAAGAGAUAUUUAACAAAUAAGGUGGACCGCUGUGUGUCCGGGCUGGUGGCGCAGCAGCAGUGCGUGGGGCCGCUGCACUCGCCGCUGGCGGACUGCGCCGUGGUCGCGCUCUCCUUCCGCGAGCUGGUGGGCUCCGCCACGUCCAUCGGCACACAAAACGUCAAGGGGCUGUUGUCCCCUGCGGCGGGGGCGAGAUUGUCUUUGGGAGAAGCUCUAACUAAUUUAGUAUUCGCGGGUAUAUCAGAGCUGGAAGACGUGAAGUGUUCAGGGAACUGGAUGUGGGCGGGCAAGACGGGCGCGGAGGGCGCGGCGCUGGUGGUGGCGUGCGGCGCGCUGUGCGCCGCCAUGCGCGCGCUGGGCGUGGCCGUCGACGGCGGGAAGGACUCCCUGUCCAUGUGCGCUAAUGUUGGGGGGACGCCUGUGAGAUCACCGGGAACCCUAGUAGUAUCAACAUACGCUCCUUGCCCGGACAUCACUGUCAAGAUCGAACCCGCUCUACUCGAAGAAGGCUCAGCCCUCAUUCAUGUGCCAGUAUGUCCAGGAAAAUACAGGAUUGGAGGAUCAUCCCUAGCACAAUGCUACAAGCAGUUGGGCGACAACCCUCCCGACUUGGACGACCCCAGCGUACUGAAGGCUCUGUUCAAGGUCACACAAAAACUACUCAAGGAUCAAAAAUUAAUCUCCGGCCAUGAUAUUAGUGAAGGAGGUUUUAUAACUACAGUCCUAGAAAUGGGAAUAGGUGGUCUUCGAGGCCUAGAGUUAGAUGUGCAAGUGGAAAGUAAUGUGUCGGCUAUAGAAGCUUUGUUCAAUGAAGAACUCGGUAUUGUCAUAGAAGUUGCUCAGAAUAAUGUGGAAUAUGUUCUAAGUGAAUAUAACAAGCAAGGUGUUAAGGCUAAAGUUGUUGGCAAAAGUGGCAAAUAUGGAAUGGACUCUGAGGUGAAAGUUAAAGUGAAUGGAAAAUUAGUUUUGGAUACGAAAUUAAUUAAAGUGUUCAGAAUGUGGGAAGAGACCAGUUAUCAACUUGAGCUUCGUCAAGCCAACUCUGCUUGUGUAAAACAAGAAUGGGAUGGUCUUGAGAAACGCAAGGGAGUCACCUACAAAGUAACAUUUGAUCCAUCAGUGGCCGUUCUGAAGACAAAGUCAAUUAGAGUUGCUGUGCUUCGGGAAGAAGGUACGAACGGCGACCGUGAAAUGAUCGCGUCCCUAAUGAUGGCGAACUUCGACGUGUUCGAUGUGACCAUGUCCGACCUGCAAGCGCACAAGAUAACACUUGAUGCAUUCCAGGGCGUGGUGUUCCCCGGCGGCUUCAGUUAUGCUGAUACUCUCGGCUCGGCCAAGGGGUGGGCGGCAGGUAUCCUAUUCAAUAAAGCUCUAAAUGCACAGUUCACUCAUUUUAAGAACAGAAAUGACACAUUCUCGUUGGGAGUGUGCAAUGGGUGUCAGUUGAUGGCUUUGCUCGGCUGGAUUAAUCCUUAUGAUGCUGAAAAACCCGAAGUUGUGCUGGACCAUAAUCUCUCUGAAAGAUUCGAAUGUCGUUGGAGUGCAGUAACAAUAAACGAGCGUAUGUCUAAAGAAGACGUAUGGUUCCGCGGUAUGGGCACUAGCGUGCUCGGCAUAUGGGUGGCGCACGGGGAAGGACGCUUCGCAAUGUCCAGUGCGCAGGCGCUAAACAAACUUCGAGCUAAUGGACAAAUAGCAAUGCAGUAUGUGGAUGAUAAUGGGGUCCCAACAGAAACAUAUCCCAUGAACCCUAACGGUAGUCCUGAUGGAAUCGCCGGGUUGCGGUCAGCGGACGGGCGGCACUUGGCGAUGAUGCCGCACCCCGAGCGCUGCGUGCUGCGCUGGCAGAGCCCCGCGCGCGGCGCGGCCCCCGCCCACACCCUCGCCUCCCCCUGGCUACGACUCUUCCAAAAUGCCUACAUUUGGGCGGCUCAACAU